CCAUCCCGCGCCACAGCCCACUUCCCCUCCCACGAUCUCUAGUUCGCGUCAUGGCGGCCGCCGCCGAUCUGGAGGCGGUGGCGCCCACGGGUGCCCUGUGGGGCCUCGUGCACGACUUCGUCAUGGGUCAGCAGGAGGGCCCCGCUGACCAAGUGGCUGCAGAUGUGAAAUCUGGAAGCUACACAGUGUUACAAGUGGUGGAAGCCCUUGGCUGCCAGCCAUCUCUUGAGCCCUACGUGUAGCUGCUAAGCUGUGUUUCAGAGGAAUGUCACAAUUCAGGGGAGAAAGAGAAAGCCCAAUACCCAGUCAGUGCCUGGAGAUGGGCACUUCUGGUGGCUGUGGUGUAACAUGAUCCUCUAAUGAUGCCAGAUCAAUCUGGGAACUGGCUCUUUAGGCUCUGGUCUUACUGUUAUUUGUAAUCCUAAGCACCUCCAGAAUACCUUCCUUGCUGGCUCCCAUGCCCAGAGGGUCUUCUCUAGAGAAUCCAGAACCCCGAACUCGGGAACGAGGAAUCCAGCUUUUGUCACAGGUGCUACUCCAGUGUCACUCCUUGCUCCUGGAGAAGGAAGUGGUACACCUCAUCCUGUUCUAUGAGAACCGGCUGAAGGACCAUCAUCUUGUGAUCCCAUCUGUCCUCCGGGGGUUGAGGGCACUUAGCCUGUGUGUGACCCUGCCCCCGGGGCUGGCUGUCUCUGUGCUUAAAGCCAUCUUCCAGGAGGUCCAUGUACAGUCCUUGCCACAGGUGGACCGGCACACAGUCUACAGUAUUAUCACCAACUUUAUGCGAACCCGGGAAGAAGAGCUGAAGGGCCUUGGAGCUGACUUCACCUUUGGCUUCAUCCAGGUGAUGGAUGGAGAAAAGGAUCCCCGUAACCUUCUGGUGGCCUUCCGCAUUGUCCAUGACCUCAUCUCCAGGGACUAUAGCCUCGGACCCUUUGUGGAAGAGUUGUUUGAAGUGACAUCCUGUUAUUUCCCUAUUGAUUUUACCCCUCCACCUAACGAUCCUCAUGGUAUCCAGAGAGACGAUCUCAUCCUGAGUCUCCGAGCUGUGCUGGCUUCCACACCACGAUUCGCUGAGUUCCUGCUCCCUCUGCUGAUUGAAAAGGUGGAUUCUGAGAUUCUGAGUGCCAAGCUGGAUUCUCUGCAGACUCUGAAUGCUUGCUGUGCUGUGUACGGACAGAAAGAACUGAAGGACUUCCUCCCCAGCCUUUGGGCUUCUAUCCGCAGAGAGGUGUUCCAGACGGCAAGUGAGCGGGUGGAGGCCGAGGGCCUAGCAGCCCUCCACUCCCUGACUGCGUGUUUGUCUCGCUCUGUGCUAAGGGCUGAUGCUGAGGACCUCCUUGACUUCUUCCUUAGCAACAUUCUACAGGACUGCAGGCACCAUCUGUGUGAACCCGACAUGAAACUGGUGUGGCCUAGUGCCAAGCUGUUGCAGGCGGCUGCAGGUGCAUCUGCCCGGGCCUGUCACCACAUCACCAGUAAUGUACUGCCUUUGCUGCUGGAACAAUUCCACAAGCACAGUCAGAGCAACCAACGGCGGACAAUCCUUGAAAUGAUCCUGGGUUUCUUGAAGCUGCAACAGAAAUGGAGCUCUGAAGACAAGGGUGAAAGGCCUCUGAGUGUCUUCAAGGACCAGCUAUGCUCACUGGUAUUCACAGCCCUGACUGACCCCAACACCCAACUUCAGCUUGUUGGCAUCCGUACUCUCACUGUCUUGGGUGCCCAGCCAGAUCUCCUGUCUCCUGGGGACUUGGAGCUGGCCGUGGGCCACCUGUAUAGACUGAGCUUCCUGGAAGAGGAUGCCCAGAGUUGCAGGAUGGCAGCACUGGAAGCAUCAGGCGCCCUGGCCACUCUUUACCCUGUGGCCUUCAGCAGCCACCUAGUGCCCAAGCUUGCUGAGGAGCUGUGCAUGGGGGAGUCGGAUUUGGCUAGAGAGGAUGGGUCCACCAAACGCUCCCGGCAUCUGCGCUGUCUGCAAGCCUUGUCAGCUGUAUCAACACAUCCCAGCAUUGUCAAGGAGACCCUGCCUCUGCUGCUGCAGCAUCUCUGCCAGAUGAACAAAGGGAAUUUGGCUGCAGAACCGAGUGAAGUGAUUGCUGUCUGUCAGAGCCUCCAGCGGGUGGCAGAAAAAUGCCAGCUGGACCCCGAAAGCUGCUGGUAUUUCCAUCAGACAGCUAUACCUUGCCUGCUUGCCUUGGCUGUGCAGGCUUCCAUGCCAGAGAAGGAGCACUCAAUUAUGAGAAAAGUGCUGUUGGAGGAUGAAGUGUUGGCCGCCAUGGUGUCUGUCAUUGGCACUGCCACCACCCACUUAAGCCCUGACUUAGCUGCCCAGAGUGUCGCCUGCAUUGUGCCCCUCUUCUUGGAUGGCAACAUCUCCUUUCUGCCUGAAAACAGCUUCCCUUGCAGAUUCCAGCCAUUCCAGGAUGGCUCCUCGGGACAGAGGAGGCUGGUUGCACUGCUUAUGGCCUUUGUCUGCUCCCUGCCUCGAAAUGUGGAAAUCCCUCAGCUAAACCAACUCAUGCGGGAGCUUUUAGAGCUGAGCUGCUGCCAGGGUUGCCCCUUCUCCUCCACUGCCGCUGCCAAGUGCUUUGCAGGACUCCUCAACAAGCACCCUGCAGGGCAACAGCUGGAUGAAUUCCUACAGCUGGCUGUGGACAAAGUGGAGGCUGGGCUGGGUUCUGGGGCCCAUCGCAGUCAGGCCUUCACACUGCUUCUUUGGGUCACAAAGGCCCUAGUGCUCAGAUAUCAUCCUCUCGGUUCCUGCCUUACUGAUCGGCUCAUGGGCCUCCUGAGUGAUGCAGAACUAGGCCCAAAAGCAGCUGAUGGCUUCUCUCUGCUCAUGUCUGACUGCACUGAUGUACUGACUCGUGCUGGCCAUGCUGAUGUGCGGAUCAUGUUCCGCCAGCGCUUCUUCACAGAUAAUGUGCCUGCUUUGGUCCAGGGCUUCCAUGCUGCUCCCCAAGAUGUGAAGCCAAAUUACCUGAAAGGUCUGUCUCAUGUACUUAACCGGCUGCCUAAGCCUGUGCUCUUGCCAGAGCUGCCCACGCUGCUUUCCUUGCUGCUGGAGGCCCUGUCCUGCCCCGACUGUGUGGUACAGCUCUCCACCCUCAGCUGCCUUCAGCCUCUUCUACUAGAAGCACCCCAAGUCAUGAGUCUUCAUGUUGACACCCUCGUUACCAAGUUCCUGAACCUCAGCUCCAGCCCUUCCAUGGCUGUCCGGAUUGCUGCACUGCAGUGUAUGCACGCACUCACUCGCCUGCCCACCCCUGUGCUGCUGCCAUACAAACCACAGGUGAUCCGGGCCUUAGCCAAACCUCUGGAUGACAAGAAGAGACUGGUGCGCAAGGAAGCAGUGUCAGCCAGGGGAGAAUGGUUUCUGUUGGGAAGCCCUGGCAGCUGAGCCCUGAGUCCUGGCCUAGACUGUUCUGACAAUCUAACGUGGAAUUACGAACUAUUGAGCCAUCUUGCCAAGGCAGAGAGACCAUUGGCCUCUGAUUGCCUUUCCUACAGAUACAGCAUAAAUGCUGGGCCUCUGCUGCACGGCUGUACAAGAAACAGUCCUGGUUCCUAAUGGAUUGUGGAGUAACUGAGUGUGCGACUACUUGUGUUUGAAGAAAGAUCUUAAAGACUCUUCCAUAUUUGUAUGUCAGAAAAAGAUACGCUGCUGAGGAGUGAAUGCAGAUAGAUGAGUGUGGCCCUGAGGACCAGGGAUGGUGCAUGUGUGGAUAUGUGCUGAAGAAUAAAGAUUUCUUUUUAUAAUGGGA